UGUCCCUCGGGAGCCGCCGUGGCGCUGACCGGCACCGCAGGACGGUGCUUGGGGCGGCACCGCCGCUGCCACGGCAACCGCAACGCCCGGAGGCCGCACCUCCUCGUCCCCGGCCGGGAGCGGCGGGGCCCGGCGUGCCCCAGGGGAGCAGGGAAUGCUGUAAUACUCUAACACAUCACCAAAAUGAGUGAAAAGGAAUAUCAAGAAGAUCURACAGAUAUGGGUGAUUCAACAGAAAAUGAAGAGUAUGAGGAUGAUUUUGAAAAAGAACUGGAAUACCUAACUGAUGAUGAAGAAAAACAGGACCCUGGUGAAAGAGAGAAUCCUGAAGAAAAUGAAGCACAAAUUCAUAGAGCUGCAGAAAACCUUGAGGAAGGGAAUGAAGAAAUGGAAGGAAAUCUAGAUCAGCAUUCAGAGGCAGCAAUUGAAAAUGUAAAUGUGAAAACAAUAUACUCCAAUAAAAAAUAUUUGGAAUCCGGAACAGAUACUGAACAGGAGGACCAYGAAUCUGAUCCUGAGAGAGAAAGCUUUAUCCAGGAAUCCAGGCUGGGAAACGAGCAGGGACCGUAUGAGGAAGAAGAUGAAGAAAUAAAGCGUUACGUCUUGGGAAAGAUUGAAGAAGCCAACAAAGAGCUGAAAAAUCAGGCUCCUGUGGAUAAAAACAGAGAACGGAAAUUAAAAUUUAAGGAUGAGUUGUUGGCUCUCCAAGCUCCUCUUCCAGAAGAUAUUGAGUUUGGUAAAACUGACCAUUCAAAAGGAGAUGACCUUUCAUUUGGGCUGUCUCAGCUGCUUAUUUCUAAUGACAUAGGACAGCAACGCCCRUCACUUUUAACACGUGGUGGCUCAGAGGAGGAAACAUCAGAUUAUAGUAAACUCCUAGUGGAAAAAGCUGGAAAGUUUGAGCUCUUAGGUUUAUAUGACAUUGAAAGCCGGUGCAUCUCGCCUCCAAUAAGUGUUUGUUUUACUGAUAUUGAAACAUCUUCAAAAUCUUCAGACUACUAUUCUUCUGACUCUCAAGGAAUGCCUCCAUGUGACUGUCAACUUCCUCCAGAUUCUGCUUUGAAUGGUACAAAAGAUCUGGGAAAAGGGAAGAGUCCACGGAAGACUCAGUCUUCAAAGACAUCUGUGAAAAGCUCCACUUAUGGUCUCACUCCCAAACAAAAAGAAUUAAGGAGGCARAUUGAAAUAAGGAAUGAAAGACGGAGGAUAGAGGAAGAAAUAAGGCAAAAGGAAYUAGAAGAAGAAAGGAGAAGAGAGAAUGACAUAGUUUUUAGAGCUUGGUUACAGAAGAAGAAAAUACAAGUACAAGAAGAAAAGCGGAUUCGUCGUGCGAAGCAGCUGGAAGAGCUGAGCAUCAGAGAGGAGGUGACUAGGGAUCCAGAAGAAGCCUACAGGUUAUGGCUCAAAAAAAAGCACCUACAAUAUGUGAAAGAAAAACAGCUAGACCUUUUGAGGCGCCAAACUCAGGAAAUGCAGUAUUAUCCAAGGAUAGAGGACAGUGACAAAGCUUUUAAAGACUGGCUGAGAAGGAAGAGAGAAGAGAAAAUAGCAGCAGAACAAGCUGCUAAAGAGAGCGCCAGGCAGCUUAAACUGGAAGCCAGAAGAGAAAGACGGAUGCGGAACAUGAACUUUGUUUAGUUCAGAGACAAAAUCCUUUUGCCUCAGAGACCAUUACAGUUGAAAAUCUGAUGUAGCCACAGAGUUCUUGGUGACAAUCUUCUUAAUUUAAAUGGUGUGAGUUUUUGUUCUUUACAGCUACUGACUUUUUGUGGUAUUUUAAAAGCUUUCAAGCAAGUUUAAAAAUUACCUUCAGUGACAAUGAUUUCCCUAUCUAUUUAUUUGUAAUAUAGUUGAAAAGCCUGCUUUUAUGCAUAACUCAGGGAUCUUCUUGGUUUAACCAAAUCUAAAUGAGUGCAAGAUCUAUAUAUGAGGGUGGCAAAUACACAUUCCCUUCUUUAAAAGGCACUUUAUACUCAACUCCAUCAUGGAUUCCUGGAUGCAGGCUACUGUGCAAAAUGUUGAAUUUUUGGUGGAAUUAUAUUGCUGUUUGAUGCUGCUAGUGAUUAAGACUGUGUAAGGUGUAAUGUUGUUGGAAAAUGAUGUUUCUUGUACUUCCUAUUGAUUUGUUGAUGAGCUCUAGACCAGAGGACUGUAUUCUUUUAGGUUCCUGGAAAGUGGUCAUUGAAGGCUAAUGUGUAGGUGAACAUUGCAARGGGUUUUGAAACUUAUUUCUGUGAGUCUUAUCCAGUAGUUUUCUAUUCCAUGGAAUUAAAAUGAUAACCUUUUCCAAUAGUAAGGAAGCUAGGUUCCUUAUAUAAAUAUCAAURUUUGUUAUAAUGAUUUUAGCAAACUACAUCACCUUACCCAGCUAAAUUGUGAACUCUUGACAGAGAACUUGCCAAUGUGACUCAUGAAAUCAUAAAGUAAAUGAAAGAAGAGGAGCUUUGUGUCCAACUACAUGUCCAACACAUUUCAUGAUCCUGGCAUUGCCCUGAAGUUUUUCCACAUUCACAGUGUUUUCUGGGAGUACUACAACAGACAGAAAKGUAGUAGAUGCAAAGCAGAUUUACAGGCAAUAUUUUUCUCAGUUAUUUUUGGAGCUAGUUACAGGCAYAUUGAGAGCACUGGUGUUGGGCUGGAGGCUGCUUUUGCCAGCAUAGACAUCRAGCAUGGAUACAAAAUGAAAAUUUCACAUGCUCAAGAGACACAUAACUAACAGAUGCCUUCCRCCUUCCAGAUACCUUCCCCUGACACCAAAAGCAAGAAGAGCUUUCUGCAUCUAGCAAGCAAAUCCAGGUGGAGUGUUUGGAAAGGUUCACACAUACCAUCCCCCUAACUGUAGAAAACUACAAAAGAAGUGCUUCUCUGUUCAUUGCCUCACACCAGCAGAGUGAAGGGCUUUACAGUUCAGUGUCAAAUAGUUCCUUUAUGCUACAGAGAAAAUAGGGUCAGAAAUAUGACUUCAUUAAAUCCAAAAGUGCAACCUGAAAGCAAGCAAAUGAAGUUUAUUGUAGCUUUCUUCAUGCAAAUCAAAGCAGAGCCAGCAACAGCAAGAACUUUCAGCUUACAUAAUUUGAUCAUGGUAUGAGAUUCAAAGGAAAAUUGGGUAAAAGCAACCAUUUUAGAAACCUUUUUCCUAAACUAGACACCUUCAUACGGUAGAUUUGGGGCUCAGACUAAGAAAUUUAAAUAGKCUUCUUUGGAUUUAGCAGAUUGUCUCUUAAAAGUUCUCUUCAAACCAAUGUCAAAAACUUUGACUCUACAUCAAGAUUAUAAAACCAUACAAGUAAAAAAAUACUUUAACAGUACUUGUGCAAACAUAGUGCUUAUCUUCACCUUCCCAUAAUACUCUGGAAAACCUUGGGUAAGGACUGAGUCCUAAUGCCAGGCCAGCUUUUAAUGCUAUGUACUAAAGAAAGUGUUUUACUGUCUGCCUUUACUGAGGAUCAGUGAUGCAAAGCUUCCCUCCAGAAGCUGAAACAAAUGGAAAAGCCAUUAUUUCAGCUUUAUGGAAACUCAAGAAUAAUCUCACCCCACUGAGUUUUUUGGAGUCCAUCUGAAAGCAGUUACUACUUAUAUAUUAUAGCUAGAAUUCAUUCAAGCUUCAUCUCCUUCUUGACAGGAGGGCUGGUACUGCAUAUACUCUUCCUUUCAGAACUUAACAGCUUUGAAGAAUCAUUACACAUAGUUGUUUUUAUAACUCAGCUUAAAAGCCUGAACAUAGACUUGGGGGCAGGCCAUCACCUUGGCUAAGAUUAAAAAAAAAAACAACUAUGUAACUGACCAUCUACCAUUAUUUCUAAAUUUAGAUGUAACUGAUUAGCACCUCAUUUGCUUUGGUAUGGUUACACUUCUGUCUCCCUCUAAUGGGAAAUUCAUUAGGAUUUGCUAAUAAGACUAUAAACCUUCAACAGUCAAAAGCAUCUGUAUGCUCURUAAAUUGGACCAGCAUACCAUUUUUUGUCUUGCCUUUGCAUAAGAAAAUAAGUAACUUUCCAGACUGAGAAGUAGWAGAAGUAUCCCAGAGACUAUGGAAAUCCUGUCAGUCCCUAACUUCAAGAGGUAGAGAAGCAGAAACCUUGUAAUUUCCAAUGUUAAACCCACCCAU